AAACUCAGGGUUAAGUCUUUACAGCUCUAAUCCAGAGAAAAAUGACUUCUUUUAAAAAGUAGUGAAAAACACCGCAUUCCUUUGGCACAGGAUGAAGACCAGCUCAGCUCUUCAGCAGCUGAUCAUGGUCUAUUGUUCUCCAAACAGUAAACCACUAUUUUACACUGGAGAUUGUCCGGCUGCAGAUGUAUGGGAGCCCCCGGCACCUCAGAACAGGAAGUGAAGGGCUCGGACCCAGAAAGUGGCAGGUUCUAAGCUGGGCAAAAUGGGGUCUCGCAAGUGUGGAGGCUGCCUAAGUUGUCUGCUGAUUCCACUUGCACUUUGGAGUAUAAUUGUUAAUAUAUUACUGUAUUUCCCAAAUGGGCAAACAUCCUAUGCAUCCAGCAAUAAACUCACCAACUACGUAUGGUAUUUUGAAGGAUUCUGUUUCUCAGGUGUCAUGAUGCUUAUAGUAGCAACAGUUCUUCUGGUACUGGAGAAUGACAACAACUAUAAAUGUUGCCAGAGUGAAAACUGCAGCAAAAAAUACAUGACUUUGCUGUCGAUUAUCUUUUCUGCCCUUGGAAUUGCUUUCUCUGGAUACUGCCUGGUCAUAACUGCUUUGGGACUUGUCCAAGGCCCGUACUGCCGCACCCUCAAUGGCUGGGAGUAUGCCUUUGAAGGCACUGAAGGACGUUUCCUUACAGAUUCCAGCACAUGGAUUCAGUGCCUUGAACCUGAACAUGUAGUAGAAUGGAACAUCAUUUUAUUUUCUAUCCUCAUAACUCUCAGUGGGCUUCAAGUGAUCGUCUGCCUCAUCAGAGUAGUCAUGCAAUUAUCCAGAAUCCUUUGUGGAACCUAUUCAGUAAUCAUCCAGCCUGGAAUCAUUUGAAUAUAAGGAUAAGAACAUUUUCUGUUAUCAAGACUUGGCCAUUUGUCUAAGCCCCAAUAUAUAGACUUUUGGGCAAUAUUCAAAUAUUAUUUCCCCAUUUGGUGUUUAUCAUCAAAUGUACAAUCCUCACCAGAGUCAUUUAUGCCACUCUUCCAUUUAGAAAUCUUUUUUUCUAAGCAAUAUAUGUCAGGAUCUUCAGAAAUGUUUACGUCUUUUUAUCAAACAAAUCCAUUUCCAACUAUGUAUACUAUGGAAAUAACUGUAAAUGCUAAAUAAAACUUUAUGCUAAUA